AUGUCCCGGACGGGAGAAAUUACCCUGAAGACGUACAAACUUGCCUUUGAAUCCUGGCUCUCCCAAUACAACACAUUCAAUUGGGAAGAACCUGAAGGCGGAAAUGCUUGGAGCAACUUGAUGCACAAGAACUCGAAAGAAAUCGGAAUUGGGGGUGCUUUAACUAAGGGAGGAAAUGCCAUCAUCAUCGCCCGAGUCACGCCAGUUCCCGACUUGAGCCCGGAAACCCUCCCGAAACUCCUCCCAACUGAUGCUCGCCGACUCCCGCAAGCAUAUUACUCUUUCGGCCAACAGGAUGAGCCGGACGACUUUCUAUCCCUUUGGUCGAAAAACCUCGGCCCUAACAUGCGAAGAAAGACCGCGCCUGUCAAGCAAGUCAAGAUGCCAGACAAAUCGGUUUCUCGAUCAAGCCUGAGCUCGGUCAAAUUUGGAAAAGAGAAGGUGCGAUCUGAGUCUGAAAGGGACUCGGGAAUAAGAGAAGAAGACUCAAAUGAUGAUGUGUUUUCAAGCGGUCUGAACAAAGAUAGAUCUUUUGGAGACAAUAUGCCUUACGGUAGCGAAAAAUUCGGAAAGACUCCCAUCCAAAGUCCAUUCUUCAACAACAAUGCAGAUGUUUCUUUUGCUGACAAUGCUUCUUACGGAAAUGGCGGCACCCGAUCCGUCAGUGAAAUGCGCUCGCCCCGGAGUUUUGAUACAUCGUUUGGCGACAAUGUCAAAUUUGGCUCUGAGCACUUUGGAAAAAGUGAGAUUUGGACCGAAGGUCUAGUAAGAGAUAGAUCUUUUGGAGAUGCAAUGCCAUACGGGUCUGAAGCUGUUCCAACCCCGCUUCAUUUUGAAUCUCGAGGGCGAUUGAUAACCCGAGGAAGUGACGAUGAAAUUAUUGAGCCUAAAAGAGAAAAGAGCAAAAAUAAAUCAGUAAAAAGUUCUCCUAAGAACAAAGUAAAAAUCGACCAGAAACAAUUGAGCGUUAUCAAAGGCUCUCAUCGCGGAGAGUGGCAGCCAAGACUGGAAGUUCGCGCAACCGGUAUCACCCCAAAAUACACAAAAUCGUCAAUGGAGUCUUCAAGUUCAUGGGAGAAUCAGAAAACGGAGAGGGUCUCUAUUUCAGAUCAAUGA